AAGCUGGCCAAACCUGCUAUUAAUUUUAAGACUACAAUCAUUAUCAUGUGGGUGUUGCCUUGGAAGAUGCGUUUGCUUUUAUGGGGUUAAUUUAUCAAAUAGUGUGGUCUUGUUCUUUAACAAAUAUUGUGUUCACACGGUGUAAGUUUCCGUUGUCAAAUCAUUUGAAUUUUGUGGAACUUUGAGUUGAUAAUGAAUCAUGACCAAUUGAUUCUCCUUCACUGAAAUCUCUUUCCAUCUUCAGUUCUCUUCUCUCAAUCAUUCAGAAACCACUCAAAAAUUCCUUCUCUCACAAACCUCUCUGAACCCAUAUCCUUCGAUUUCUUCAGUUGUACCUUACUUGCCCUGCUACUUUCGCUCUUUUGCUUUCUUUAUUUCAAAUUUUAUUUUUGCCAAUUUCCGAUUCUCUUUAUUUUUGAAAAAAAAUUCUGUUUCAAUAUUUCUCAUUUCAUAAGAAAAAAAAAAUCUUGCAUUCAGUUUUUUCUCGUUUACUAGAAUUUUUUUCACGUUUCUCUUAUUUAUUAUUAAUUUCGACAAUUGUGUUUACUCUUGUUCUGUGAUUUUUUUUCAUUUGCUGUACUUCUCAUCUGUUUUUCAAACUUGAAAAAAAAAAAACUUUUUAAAAAUGGUUGAUGUUGCCGGAAGUAUUGGGGGUGUGUUGAGUCCUGUCCUUGAAGUUGGCAAGUGGUUGGCUGUUCCAAUUUGGCGUCAAUUCAAGUACUUGUACAACCACAGUACCAAUUUCAAAAAGCUGGAAAACAAAGUUAAGGAGAUGACGAAUACAAGAGACGAAGUUCAGCGUAAGGUUACUGUUGCUGAAAGAAAUGUGGAAGAGAUCACACCGAAAGUUAAGGAUUGGCUGAAGGAUUUGGAGAAGACAAUUACAGAAGCAGAGCAGUUGAUUCAAGAGAGAGCAAACAACCCUCGAUGUUUUAAGGGAUUGUGGUCCAACUACAAACAAAGCAAGAAAGCUUUCAAAUUAAUCCGCGAUGAUAUUGAUCUACUCCUCCAGCAAGAAAAGGAAUUCGGUGAAAUUUCCUUUGCUACUAUUCCACAAGAUAUCCGGCUUGUAACUAGUGAAGAUUAUUUGGUACUCGAAUCAAGAACCUCGAUUACGAAGAAUGUAUGGGAUGCAUUAAAUGAUGAGAAUGUGUACAUGAUUGGUGUUUAUGGGAUGGGCGGUAUUGGGAAGACCACUCUUGUGCAGAAAGUUGGUGGGGAAGCGAAGAAAUUAUUUGAGGACAUUGUUUUUGUUGAGGUAACACAAAAUUUGGAUAUAAAAAAAGUUCAAACAGAAAUUGCAGACAAGUUAGGCGUAAAAUUCAGUAACGAGACUGAAAGAGCAGAUAAGUUAUAUGAGAGAUUGGGGAACGGCAAGAAGAUCCUUUUAAUUUUAGACAAUAUUUGGAAAGAUUUUGAUCUCAAGACUAUCGGUAUUCCUUCUAAAGCGGAUCAUGGAGGAUGUAAACUAAUGUUCACAGCAAGAGACUUAGAUGUAUUGGAGAAGAUGGGUUCUAUAAAUAAUUUCAAGAUGGGCAUUUUAGCAGAAAAAGAAGCUUGGGACCUAUUUGCCAAUAUGGCAGGUGAUGUUGUUCAAACAAGUGAACUGAAUUCUCUAGCGAAUGAUGUAUGCAAGCAAUGCAAAGGAUUGCCUGUCGUUAUUUGUGCUAUAGCUAAAGCUUUAAAAACCAAGACUCGUCCAUCCAAGUGGAAAGCAGCCUUAAGAGAAUUGAGAGCUCCUUCACCAUCCAAGUUUGAAGGAUUCCUAGAAGAGGAAUACAUGAAAAUAGCCUUAAGUUACAAGUAUUUAAGAAAUAAUGAACUUAAGAAAACAUUUUUAAUUUGUAGUCUAAUGGAAAAUUAUGCUUCCAUUUCAGACCUGUUCAUACAUGUUGUGUGUCUUGAUAUACUUGAAGGAGCUAACUUGACAAUGGAAGAUGCACGUGAUCGACUAGAUAAUUUGGUUCAUGAGCUCAAAGAUGCUAGUUUGUUACUUGGCGAGGUUACAAGCGAAUAUUUUGCUAUGCAUGAUGUUAUCCGUGAUGUUGCUAUCAUAAUAGCAUAUGUUGAUCAUCAUGUAUUUACAACAAAAAAUGACAUUGAACGAGAUUGGAAGAAUAGAGAUAAACUCAAGAAAUCCACAAGAAUCUCCCUCCCUGGUAAUAGUACUAUUAUUAGUCAACUUUGGCCCAAUGAUUUGGAUUGUCCAACUCUUGAAUAUUUCUAUAUGCCAAACUCUCAUUUCAAUAUCCCAGAGGACUUCUUCAAGGUGAUGCCGAUGCUCAAAGUUUUAAAUUUAGCUGGAUUGCAACAAUUGUCAUUGCCAUCAUCCCUUCAUCUUUUGAAAAACCUUCAAACACUAUGUUUAAAUGAUAGCACAAUUAAAGAUGUUGCUAUUAUCUGGGAGUUAAAGAAACUGAAAGUCCUUAGCAUGCGACAAUCAUUUAUUGAGGAGUUGCCUAUAGAAAUAGGUCAGUUGACUGAAUUGAGAUUAUUAGAUUUAAGCUAUUGUAGACAGUUGCAUGUUAUUGUGCCAAAUGUGAUAUCAAAAUUAUUGCAAUUGGAAGAAUUUCACAUAAAGGGAUGCCCUAUUCAAUGGAAGGUUGAAGUACUCAUGGAAUUAAAGAGCUUGAAAAAUCUCACAAGUGUAGAAUUGAAUGUCAAAGAUUGCAAGGUGCUACCUCAAAACUUAUUUGCCAAAGAGCCUAGAAGGUACAAAAUAUCAAUAGGAAAUUAUUGGGAGCGUAGAAGGAGCUUAUUUCCAGAAUAUGGCGAACAUGAGAGGACGUUGGCAGUUAAUUCUAUCAAGUUACUAGAAGAAUUUAAUGCAUUCAAGAAUGUUGAAGUCUUAGAGUUGGCUGAAGUUUCAGAAGAUGAGAACUAUGUUGAGGAUUCAAAUUUUGAUUUGCAGUCCAGUGAAAUCACGCCUUUAUUUAAUGAAAAGGUUAAUUUUACCAAAUUUAGAACGUUGGUAUUGUACGAUAUUAGUUUGGGCAGGAUUUGGGACAGCCAAAUUUCAACUUUCUCUCAAAAUUUGAAACAAUUGAAGUUGAAAAGAUGUGAAAAGAUGACAUAUGUGUUUCCAUUUUCUAUAGCCAAAAGCCUCAGACAACUUCAAAGCCUAGAGAUAAUAAAUUGUGAGGUUUUAGAGAAGAUUGUUGAAGAAGAAGAAGGAGCAGAAGUUGUUGUUAAUUCUAUCUUUCCAAAGGUAACCGAAUUGGUGCUCAGAUAUCUACCAAAACUUACAAUUUUAUAUCCAGGAUUACAUGCUUCAGAAUUCUCGAUGUUCAAAAGGUUGGAGAUAGAUUUGUGUGAAAAUUUGACUUUAAGAUAUUUGGGCUUGCCAGAUGAUAACAACAAGGGUGCACUUCCAAUAUCAGAGAAUAAGAUCAACCACAAUUUGGAGGAUUUUGAAUUGACAAAUGGUGAGAUAAGCAUUACUUGGGAGAGUGAAGAUAAAUAUCUUAGGAUCGGGCAGGAUGACUCAGCUUAUAUUCCACUUGGACUCCUCCAAAUAUUUCAAAGUGUGAAAAAGCUUGAACUAUCUGCGUAUGAAUACAAAGAAAUUAAGAGUGUAUAUAAUCUUCCAAAUCUUGAAGAUCUACGUGUAUGGGAUUGUGAGAAAUUGAUGAGUCUAGUGCCAUCUUCAGCUUCCUUACAGAAUCUUAAAGUUCUCGAAGUCACCGGUGCAAAUGCAUUACUUACCUUAAUAACGCCUUCAACAGCUAGAAGUUUGAUGCAGUUAAGAGAAUUGAGAAUAUCUAGGUGUGAAAUGCUGCUUGAAAUAAUAGGGAAUGAGGGAGAUACAACAACAAGUAGUGAGAUUGUUUUUGACAAUUUGAAGUUGUUGUCACUUACAGAGUUAGAAAGUCUCGAAUGUUUUUGCUUUGGAAAUUACUCUUUUAAUUUUUCAUCACUAGAAGAAUUAAUUAUAGAAGAAUGUCCUCAUUUGAAGACUUUUUCUCGAGCAAUGUUAAACACUCCAAAGUUGCACAGUAUCAAUUACGAGAAAAUAGGGAAUGAGGGGAAUGAUCUUAAUAAAAUCGUACGUGGAUUGUGCAAAAAUAAAGACGAGGAAAUCUCAGUUGAUCCUUCCAUCAAAAUUUGCAACAAUGAUAAUUCUAUAGAAAUUUGCUACGACCAACAUCCAACUUCCUUCUAUCAAAAUUUGACACACUUGAUCCUUCAGAAUUGUGGAAAUAUAAAAUACGCAUUUCCACCUACCAUUGCCAGAACUCUCCACCAACUCCAACAACUAAAGAUAAGGGAUUGUAUGGCUUUAGAAGAGAUUGUUGCAAAAGAAGAAGGAGCAAAUGCUGUGGUCAAUUUUGUCUUUCCAAAUGUAACCAUAUUGAAGCUUGAGAAUCUACCAAAUCUUACAACUUUCUAUCCUGGAAUGCAUACUUUAGAAUUGCCAAAGUUGAAGGAGUUGGUGGUGACAGAUUCUGAUAAAUGUCUGAGCUUCAAAAGCAGCAUUGAGGAGAGUGAAACUGAUAGUUUAGAUCUAAAAGCUAUCUCCUUGGACGAUAAGAUCAACUCUCAUUUGGAGGUAUUUGAAUUACGGAAUGAUUUAGUAGAAAUUACUUGGCAAAAUCAAUCUAAAACUCUUAGAAUCUCUGCCGAUGAGCCAACCUAUAUUCCACUUGGACUCUUUCAAAGAUUUCACAAUGUGAAAGAGCUUCGACUAAAUCAGUGUAAUUUAAAUGAUGUUUGGAGUUGUGAAAUGUCUUUGAGUCCACUGCUAUCUACACCUUCUUCCCAGAAUCUUAAAGUUCUUCAGGUAGAAUGGUGCGAUUGGCUCUUUAACUUAAUGACACCUUCAAUGGCUAGAAACUUGGUACAAUUGAGAGAAUUGAGCAUAUCAUGGUGUGACAGGCUAUUUGAAAUUGUAGAAAAUGAGAGAGAUGCAACAUCAAGUAGUGAACAAGUUGUUUUUAACAAUUUGAACAAAUUGUCACUUGAAAAUUUACAUUUUCUCUCAUUCUUUUGCUCUGGGAAUUACUCUUUCAAUUUCCCAUCUUUGGAAGAGUUAAUUAUAAAAGGAUGCUCCAAUAUGAAGUCUUUUUCUCAAGGAAUGUUAAGCACACCAAAGUUACACAAAGUCAAUUAUGAGGGAAAGGAGGUAGAAAAUGGAGGGAAUGGCUUGAAUUCAACUAUACAACAAGCACACAAAGAACAGGUUGACUCCAAUAUAAAGACAUUGGAAUUAAAUGGAAGGGAUAUAAUGGCGAUUUGGCAAGGAGAGUUUCAAAAGCACUUUUGCGAAAUAGAAACUCUUGAAUUGAUUAUGGAUGAAUAUACAUAUAUUCCGAUUCAAAUCCUUCAGAAAUUUGUCAGUCUUGAAAACCUUAUAUUGAAAGUGAGUUCAUACGAAGAACUAUUCUCGUUUGGAGAAGGUGAAGAGGACAUUGGAGUAAUCACAAACUUAAAACAAUUAGAAUUGUGGGGGCUUUUUAAUUUAAAGUACAUUUCAAAGCAAGACUCCCAACUAAAUUCAGUUCUUCAAAAUCUUCAUUCUUUGGAUGUCAACUAUUGUCACAAUUUGACUACUUUGUUGUUGCCUUCACAAUCUUUUGAAAAUCUAAGGACUUUGACAGUAUAUCAUUGUAAUAAAAUGCAAAACUUAAUGACAUCCUCAACAGCCAAAAGUCUAGUGUGUCUUGAAAGUUUGUCAAUACACGAAUGUAAAAUGAUGGUAGAAGUAGUAGCAAAUGAGGGAGAUAUAGAGAAUGGUGAAAUUGUUUUUAAGAAAUUGGAGGACUUGUCCUUGGAUGGUAUGGAAAGUCUCACACACUUCUACUAUGGGAAUUACACCUUAAAAUUCCCAUUCUUGGAAACAUUAUUUGUGGAUAGAUGCUCCAAGAUGAAAACUUUCUCUAGAGAAGGCUUAAGCAUGCCAAGGUUACUAAGCGUGAACUAUGAUGACUGUUCAAGUGACCCAAAUUCAGUUACACAACAAUUACAAAAUGAUUGUGCAAGGUUAUGGGAAAGAGUCCCAUGGUAGCAAACUGCAAAGUCACAUGGUUGCUGUCAAGAAGCAAACACCGAAAUGUAUUGCAGAUUACAUUGUUAAUUUAACUUUGUGAACGAGCUGGACUCAGUCACAACUAUGGAGCCAUUUUUAUCGUGUAAAUUGUCUUGCUAAUUCUCAAGUAUAUUCACUUCCAUAUUUGAUUCUGAAGUUUCUAGCCUCAAAUCCAUGUUUCCUGCCUGUUUCCAUCUUCUGGUGUGUUUUCAGCCUUUUCCUCUAUAAUUCCCUGGAGGUCUCUGGCUCUCUGUGGUUCUCCUCUGCAUCGGUCUAGCUUCUUCCCGUGAGUUCUUGGGUUCUGUGGAGGCGCCGUUCCGCUGCUAGUCUAUUUUGGCUUGGGUUGGCUCUCUGCAGCUGCUUUGGUGCAGAAAUCCUCUCCUGUUCUCUUUCCUUUCUCCUUCUGUGGAGUUGCUGAUUCCUGCAUCCCUCUCCCCUGUUGGUUCUCCCCUGCAUUGGGGUUCAUUGGGUUUGUUGGGCUUUUGCUGCCUUACUGCUGCCGAAUUUGAGUUCUUGGCUGCAGGUUCUGCUGGCAUCUUCCUACGUUUGAUGGUUGCUGCUUUCUUAAUCCUUUCUCUCCCAGCAUCUUUACUUGUCUCUCCUGGAGCCUUCCAACGGUGUUUUUGCGCGGGUGGCUCUUGGCUGUGGUUCCGGUAAGUUGCUUCUUAGUGAAAUGGUUGCACAUUGGUCCAUUUCUGUGUUUGCUCCUGGUUCCUGGGAUGCUGCAUGCUGUAUCAGGUGUGUGCCGGUUGACGCUUCAUACCAUUGGCUGGGUUCUUCUUGCUGUCUUUGGCGUCCUGCCACGGCUGGAUGUGCUGGGUUCAUGGUUAUUUUAAUUUCAGUUGGUCGUCUCAAGUACGCUCUCUGUUCUUAAGUAGUUUGUUGUUGGUUUGCAAUUUAGUGAGAGUUUUAGCCAUUGGGCUCGUGAUGUCUUGUACUUGGAGUGUUUUUUGGCAAUCUUGUGGGAUGAGCUUAGAUGUCUUUGUGCCCCCUUUCGGGUUUUUAAUGUAUAUAUUUACUUAUCAAAAAAUAUGUAUAUAUUUGAGUUGGAAGUGUUUCUGCGUAUUCUCA